AUGUCGUACAUGCUCCCCCAUCUCCGAAACGGCUACGCCGUGGACCAAGCCAUCACCUCGGAGGAGGACCGCGUGGUCAUCAUCCGCUUCGGGCACGACUGGGACCCCGAGUGCAUGCUCCAGGACGAGCUCCUCGCGUCGAUCUCCGAGAAGAUCAAGAACUUUGCCGUCGUGUACCUGGUCGACAUCGACGAGGUGCCGGACUUCAACACGAUGUACGAGCUGUACGACGCGUGCACGUGCAUGUUCUUCUUCCGGAACAAGCACAUCAUGAUCGACCUGGGCACGGGCAACAACAACAAGAUCACGUGGGCCUUCUCGGACAAGCAGGAGUUCAUCGACAUUGUGGAAACGGUCUACCGCGGGGCGCGCAAGGGCCGCGGCCUCGUCGUCGCGCCCAAGGACUACUCCACCAAGUACCGGUACUGA